AUGCUACUUCUUUAUACUUUUCUUUUUUUUCUAUCAUCGUUCUCCAUUUUCUUCUUUUCACUUUACCUUUUAAUUUUCUUUUUGUUUUCUUUUUUUAUUCUUUACGUCUUUUUCUUUGUUAUAUUUUUCCUUCCCCCCACCCAACUUCCCUUUCAUUUAUUUACUUUUCUCCACCGAAUACAACUUCUUUUUGUUUAUAUUUCUUUCUUUUCAUUUGUCUUUGUUAUGUUCUUCUCUAACUUAUUUUUCGAUUUUUCUUCUUUUCCUUGUCUGCGCUAUUCUCACACGCUCUCUCCCAAGGUCUGCGCUACUCUCACACUCUCUCCCAAGGUCUGCGCUACUCUCACGCUCUCCCAGGUCUGCGCUACUCUCUCCCAAGGUCUGCGCUACUCUCACACGCUCUCUCCCAAGGUCUGCGCUACUCUCACACGCUCUCUCCCAAGGUCUGCGCUACUCUCACACGCUCUCUCCCAAGGUCUGCGCUACUCUCACACGCUCUCUCCCAAGGUCUGCGCUACUCUCACACGCUCUCUCCCACGCUCUCUCCCACGGUCCCAAAGGUCUGCGUUACUCUCACACGCUCUCUCCCAAGGUCUGCGCUAUUCUCACACGCUCUCUCCCAAGGUCUGCGCUACUCUCACACGCUCUCUCCCAAGGUCCGCGCUCUCUCCCCAAGGUCCGCGCUACUCUCACGCUCUCUCCCAAGGUCCGCGCUCUCUCUCCACGCUCUCUCUCCCAAGGUCUGCGCUACUCUCCACGCUCUCUCCCAAUGUCUGCGCUACUCUCACACGCUCUCUCCCAAGGUCUGCGCUACUCUCACACGCCCUGUAA